AUGAGCGCGAACAGAGUACUGAAGACAUCGACUAGAGCAUUCUCUCGCCUGAGUCGCAUUAACAGUCCCCAUCGAGUGCGGUUACAUCGCCGCAUCGCCAUGCCCACUGUCGGUGCGAUCGUCGCCGGCACUGGCGAAACUGUGAGGCUGUUGGACAUCUUGAGCACGUGCGUCGAUGCAGCGCAGAAAGGGUGUGAGGAGAUCAGGGCGGUUCAGGCGCGUCGCGCCUCGAGUGGACAGCUCGCGAGCACGAUGAAGGACAUCGAUGACCCAAGGUCAGCGCUCACAGAGGCAGACUUAAAUGCCCAGAAGGCUGUAGUAGACCGGAUCCGGGCGACCUGGCCGAACCUGAGGAUCGUCGGCGAGGAGGACGAGGACGAGACAAACGAGGUCGACGUCUCCGAUCCCGAGCUUCAGCUCCGGCGAGAUCUCUGCGACGUCUCCUCGUCUCCGUCGCUUGCGGGAUGGUCGGAACCCGUGGAGGUGCUCACCGUCUUUGUGGAUCCCGUGGAUGGAACCAGAGAGUUUGUGGAGGAAAGGCUGGAUGCGGUGCAGUGCCUCAUCGGCGUGGCGUGCAGGGGACGAGCCGUCGCGGGCGCGAUAGGUUUGCCGUUCCCGGGAGGUACGCUGUCGGAGCCGACGUCCGUGGUCUGGGGUAUCGCGGCACCCGGGGCGACGUCGGGCGUUACGGGCAUCUUGGGUGAAGCGCCCAAGCGGCCCCGACUCUCCCCUGAGACAAGGGGCGGGGUUGUGUGCAUCACAGGUGACUCCAAGAACGCCAGUCUCACAGCGGCUAAACGUGCCGUGGAUGCCGCCGGGAACGCCAUGAUUGGUGGCGCAGGCAACAAAAUCCUCGCCGUUGCUGAGGGUCGCGCGGAGGUGGCCCUCAUGCACUUUGGCACCUCGCUGUGGGACACGUGUGCCCCGGAGGCCGUGCUGCGCGCUGCCGGAGGUAAAGUUACUGAUCUGUUCGGUGCACCGCUCGUACACGACCCGUCGCGACCGGGAGGUUUGAUAAAUGACCUCGGAGUUCUCGCCACGGGUCAUGAUAUCGCCUCUAUCGACGCCAAGGGGCGGGAUCACGCCGCGAUGGCCGCUGCGAUGAGAUCUGAUGAAGGACUCAGGGAAGCGCUCCUCAAGCGUUUUACUGGGGAGGCAUCAAAUACACCUGGAGCAAAUGAGGCGCAGGCGACAGACAUCGCCCGGUCACUCGAAGGCGCUCCGCUCGAAGCCUCGUGGGUGGGAGAGCGCAUCGCAGAGACGCUCUGCGGUGGACAAAACGACUUCAAGCUAAAGGGGUAUGCCGCGCCGGAAACUUCAGCCAUUCGUGGAUUGAUGUCUGACGCAUGCAGGCUCGAACUCGUUUGGGACGGUGAAGGAUCGGCUGCUGGAAUGCCCUCGACGGUGUUCUACAAGAAGGUUAAUCUCGGUGACCUCGAGUACGCGAGGACAAAAUCAGUGACGCAGCCAAUGAAGAUUGCACGCGACGUCAAGUCUGCGGGGGUGGAGGCGGCAUUCCUCGCCUGUGAGCCUGUCGCCUCCGCAUUGGCUGCUGCUGGAGUCAAGGUUCCACGUUGCUUCAACGCGGACCUCCGACCGCGGGAGGACGAUCCAAUUGAAUCUUCGUUCGCGCUGCUGCUCGAGGAUUUCGCUCCACAACAGGGAUGGCGGUCAGAACGGCUGCUCUCCCGUUCACAGGCUCGCGCCGCGCUCACGGCCCUUGCUCGGCUUCAUGCCACCUUUAUGCCCGCCGCCGCUGCUGCGAGGACCGAUGGCAAACCCAAUGAAGACGUACUCCUUGCAGGUGCAACCGCGGCGAUCUGGCCGUCAGGGGCGUACUGGCAACCCGAUAUGCAACCCGCAAGCCAAAUGACAGAACUUGCCCACAUUUGGCGAGAUAUUCACCUGCCCAACUUUGAGAAAGCAUUUGCCGCCGAACUCCCGAAAGACGUGGAGUACGCUUCGCUGGGCGACAGGCUGCAGGAGGUGGCUGUAUCCGUAGGGGGCGAAUCGCACCCUUUUGGACUAGACGCCCCGUCGGGUGGAGAGUCAGAAGGCUGGGCAGCUAGGUGGCGAACGGUGAUUCACGGGGAUGCGAAGUCCGCAAACAUCUUCCUGCGCGAGAACCCUGAUGAGAAGGACGGCUGGGAGGUCGGCCUCAUUGACUUUCAGUGGAUGGGUUUUGGUCUGGGGGCAGUUGAUGCUGCGCACGUCUUGUGCGCAUCGUGUGAUCCGGAGGCUUUGGGAUACGAUGAGACCGGGAAAAUCGUGGACGAGAGAGCCGGGUCGGCUUUGCUCGAUCAUUAUUACUCCGAACUCAUUACGGCUCUCGCCACAAACGGGGCCGCGGCAUCAGUCGAAGAGGCAGCGGCAACGUGGACAAGGGAGGAAGUUCAAAAGCAAUACGAGGCCGCCGUGUUGGACAUGUGCCGCGUUGUUUUUGGCUAUCAGUGGGUCCGAGUCAAGGCAUCGCCAGAAACGCUGGCAGCCAACUUUGACUCGAUGAACCGCAAUUCCUACAACAAAAGUCUUCCCAAUGCCAUGUGGCUGGUGAGAGAGUGUGAUGCUCUGCUGAAUAAGCGCGCUGGUGCCCAAACGUGA